UCCGAAGUGGAGGGUCUCACACGUUAUCGAGGUUCCAUCGUUUUACGCUCGGCCGCAUAUCAAUGGCGAGCAUCAUCAGAAGGCCGUUAAACUUAACGGCAGCCGUCCGGUUUCGACUUACUCCGUUACUUCCGUUCUCCGGAAGUUCUUGUUCCGCUAACUCGAACCCGACUCGUGUCUCUGAGUUAAUCAAAGUCCCGAGUUUAGUCGAAGGCUGCGACUACAAGCACUGGCUGGUGCUCAUGAAGCCUCCCAAAGGAUACCCACCUCGAAACGACAUCGUCCAAGGCUUUGUCAAAACCCUAUCCAUGGCUCUUGGGAGCGAAGAAGAAGCUAAGAGAUCGAUUUACUCUGUUUCCACAAAGUACUAUUACGCAUUUGGCUGCAGGGUUCAUGAACCUUUGACUUACAAGAUUAGAUCUCUGCCUGAUGUUAGAUGGGUUCUGCCAGAUUCAUAUGUAGUUGAUGGUGACAGUGGAUAUGGAGGAGAGCCGUUCGUUGAUGGGGAGGUUGUUCCGUACGAUGAGAAGUAUCAUGCGGACUGGCUACGAGAUCUAACUGAUGAGGAUGCUAUAUUAGUUAAAAAGAAGCCUAGGAGGAAAAGAAAGAAGUAGAUUUAGUAUUUGGAAGUCUUCUUACUUUAUUAUAGAGCUACUCAACCUUAUGCGUCUUCUAGUGUUACUACCAUGAGCUACUUGUAAAGAAUCCUAGGUGUAAUGUUAGUGGGGGAUCAAUCAAACCCAAUAUGUUGAGUAGAUUCAACAUCAUUGUCUAGCUACUGAACGUAGAAGCUAUACGGAACUUGUCUCCAUUUAAAAUUUCUUGGGAGUUUUUAUUUUAUAUAUGGAGGUUUUAUGUUUCAGUU